GCGUAAACAAACAACGAAAAAAGAAUGUUCCAAUAAAAUAAUGAAUUACGAAGUAAAUUAGUUGUUUUUUUUUUAAACAAAGUGCAAUUUGACUACUUACUGUUAGUAAUAGAGUUUUUGAUAUCAAUAUAGUAAAAGUUGUAAAAUAUUUAAUGAUUUACCAGAAAAUUCUCAAGUUAAUCCCUGAGGAAAAAACCCGUUUAUCGACUAAGAACAGUGGGGGGUGGAGUGGAGUGGUGGAGAAAGAGGCGCUGAAGGAGGUGAAUGAGAAAGAGGUGGGGAAAGAGGAGAAGCGAUAACAAGAACGACGCCGAAAAAAAGGUAGUUAACGAGUUGACAAGCCAAAAGCAACAAUAACAAGCUGGAAAGAAGGAGAGCUGGAAGUAAUUGGAAAGAGAGAGAAGAAGAGGGCGAGCGGGAAGGCAAGAACCUGGAACAGGUUACCCCUUCCAGCGUUCCACUGAAGAACGCAGAAUCUGCAUAAAGUUCGAAUUCUUCGGGAAGAAAAGAAGGAAACCAACCGAAGUAACCCCCAAGAUUGAAUUCUUCGGAAAGUAACACCAACUGAAGACGAAAUAAAGGAACCGAAAGUUAAAGAAACCCCCACGUUCGAAUUCUUUAAAAUACAAAAAGAGGGAACACAAGUGAAGAAACUUCAUAUAUUGAAUUCCUCAGAAAAAAAAACAAAGUUUAAAUUUUUCAGAAAGAAAAAGGCCCAAGCUCUGAAUUUUGAAAAGAACCCGAAAGAUCGGACUCUUUGAAAAAAAAAGAGGGAACGAAGCGAAGAGAAGAUGCCUCCCUACAUAAUAUACCCCCUGGUGAUGAUCCUUCUGUAUCCCCGCAUUACCAAGACCUCAUCCAGUGGUAAUCCCAGUGCCAGUUCCAGUUCCCCACCAGAAAUCCCCACAUUCCGGCAGUGCGAGGCCAUUCGCAUAGAAAUGUGCCGAAAGAUCGGCUAUAACGAGACCUCCAUGCCGAAUCUCGUGGGUCACGAGAUGCAAGCGGAUGUGGAGUACACCCUGCAGACAUUUGCUCCUCUGAUAGAAUACGAUUGUAGUUCCCAGUUGAAACUGUUCCUGUGCGCCGCCUACGUGCCCAUGUGUACGCCCAAAGCGCCCGUACAUGCCAUAGGUCCUUGUCGGAGUCUCUGUGAGUCGGUGAGGAUACGUUGCCAUCCGAUUCUGCAGGGCUUCGGCUUCCCAUGGCCACCCGCCUUGGAUUGCGAUCGGUUUCCGCGGGAGAAUAACCACGAAACCAUGUGCAUGGAGGGCCCUGGCGAACUGCAUCAGCCGCAAGAGGAUCAGGACCUCUAUGGACUGCCAGGACAGGGUAUACCUGGCGGAUUGGGUGGGAAACUGCCGCUGGAUUGCUCGGGACUGGCCAAAUCCCAUUUGUAUGUAAGGCUGCCGAGAUCGGGACGAUGUGCUCCUCUCUGUGAGGCUGAUAUACUGUUUACGCCGGCGGAAAAGCACCUGGCCGAGAUCUGGGUCUCCACUUGGGCCUAUGCCGCACUGGGAUUGGCCCUGGUGGCCACCGUAUGUCUCUUGGCCAGCGACGGAAGUCGUUUGGCCAGCGCCAAGUGGUCCAGAUUGUUGUCCCCCCUGAUUUGGUGCCACAACAUGGUCACCUUGGGAUGGGCAGUGCGCUUUGUGGUGGGAAGAACUGGCACUGCCUGUGGCACGGAUCCCCAGGCCCCCAAUGAAUCCCUGCUCACAGUGGAUGGACUUUCGAAUGCCUCCUGCGCCAGUGUGUUUCUCAUGCGAUACUACUUCGGAAUGGCCGCCUGUGCCUGGUGGGCUGUGCUCUGUUUGGGCUGGCACCGAGACAUUCGACGGCACAGUCCGGACUCCAAGGGCCAUGUGUCCAUUCCCUCGAACUUUGCUGGCAGUCCAGCGAAGAGAAACAAUGCCAAGACCGCUCAGCAGGAUCUGUCGCAGAACAAUUUUGUUUGCUUCGUGGCCUGGGGACUGCCCGCCUUCCAAACGGCCGCUGUGAUCGUGGCUCGUUUUGUGGAUGCUGAUGAGUUGCUGGGCGCCUGCUUUGUGGGCAACCAGUCUGAUAAGGCUCUGCAGAUAUUGGUGGCGACGCCCGUCUUUUGCUACUGGAUCUUUGGUUCUAUGAAUCUGAUCUCCGGCUAUCUGGUACACUGUCGCACCAAGGAGAUCUUGAGGAAUAGCAAUGCCCUGAGUUUGCAGCAGCAACUCCAGCAGUUGAGUGCUCACAGUAGUUCCGGAAUAGGAAUAUUCCUAUUUAUCUAUGGACUGGCAUGUGCUCUGCUCCUGUUGGCAGUUAUUUACGAGUUCGCCAACAUCGAUGUCUGGCUGGGAUCGGGUGAUACCAAUACGCCUUUGUGGCCCUUUUUGGUACGCGCCUUUAUGGAAUUGAUGUUGGGCAUUUGCUGCUUUGCCUGGGUCCUCGGACCCAGCAUUUCCACUCUCUACAAAAGACAAGUGGGCAAUGGCAAGAUGGUGAAGCAGCCGACUGCUGGAGGAGGAUCUGUCCAUCUGGACGGUCACAGCAGCUCGCGGGGAUCGCACGCGGCUUGUAAUAGUACAGUGGUCUCCUACCAUUCGGUGCGGCCUUCGAUGGCCAGUGCACCUUUGCCGCCGAGUCCCUACAAGCUGAAGACUUCACCGGGUGCUGGUUCCAUAUCGCUGAAUCAGAUGUCCAACUAUUCGCUGGGCAGGAGCACGCAUCAUCAUCAUCAGCAGCAGCAGCGCCACUCGCCGCAUCAUCAUCAUCAUCAUCACCAGCAGCAGCAGCAGCACCAUCACCAACACCACUCCUCAUCCUCGCAUCGCCUGUAUUAUCCACCGGGUAGCUAUGCCUCCCAAAAGUACAGCCAACAUGGAAGCUACUAUCCCCAUUUGCAGCACUACGGCGAUGAGACGCUGCUCUAGGUGGGGAGGAUUCCCCGGCUUCCAGUGUUCCUGCGGCAGCUGUUGUGCCAAAGUCAGUCUUGUACUAUAACUUAACGUGGUGGGGUUUGCUAGCUAUAAAACGGACUAAGGUUUAUAGUAUCUUACCUGCACAAAAUUCCAAAUUAAGUUGCUUUGCCCGUAGAACACAAUGAAAAACUAUGUACUGUGUAUAUAACCCAGGAAAUGUCCUCUUAAUGUAGGCCUACAACGAUAGGUCAUAGGUCAUCUAGCCAACCCCCACAAUGUAUUGUAAUUGCCCUAGAUGGGCCGCAUCCUAUUUUCGUGUGUACUUAAUGUUGCUCCUAAUUAGUUGCCCCUUGUGUGGCCUUUUUGCCGUUUUGGUGUAACCAAAUCAAAUAAUCACUCUUGCCUUUUAGACAUUUAGACUGAAUGUCGCCUGUGCGUACAUUUAUAGCAUUUUUUAUAUAUUACUUUUUUUUUUUGAGAACGAAACACGCAGCAACCAAAUACUGUGAUACGCAUGUUUAUGUCUUCAACACCAGGGACCAAAAAACCUGGUUCCUACUUUGCUGUCUUCUUCUCCUGAUGCCGAAACAAGUGUACUUAACAAAUGAAAAAACAAACGCAAUUGCAAUCGUAGCCGUAAUGCCUAAUUGUAUUCAGUGUGCCAUUAACUUUAGGGACUUAACUGAGCAAGUCAAAAACACAAAAGCGCCUUGUGAAAUCCGUUUUUUUAAACAAACUUUAUGGGAUUGAAAUUGAUUUUUUUGUAAAAGGGUACAAUUCUAAUUUUUAAAGGUAUUCCUUGAACCCUUUUCCUUACUACAAUUCAUUAUUUGGCACUAAGACGUUGUUUCAAUCUAUUUAUCCUAUCGACAAUUAUAUUUUUGGGUUUUACAUAUUUUCGGAAAAAAUAAAAAUAAAAAUAUUAUUUUUGCAAUUUCAAGGCCCUAAAGAUUUGCUUAAAAACGGAAACAAAGGAAGGCUUAAUUUUAACUGUCCAACUAACAAAACCUUUAUAAAACUACGGACUGUACGAAUCGUAUGGGUCAUAAUUAACUGUAUAUGUAUUUUGUAUGUGUAUUUUUAUUAUUAUAUGUAACUUAUUUGCUAGCGAAUAAAGUGUCGAAAAGUUAA